GAGGACAAGGAGGUCGCCUUGCAAGCUGUACUGUUCUUCAUCAAUGGUUCCAGGAGAGGUGCAGUGCACCUGUGCUCGAGUAUAGCCGAGAUACUGCGCGAGAAUCAACGCACCACACCCCCUGCCUCCCUCCUCUGGUCCCCCUUCACAACCUCACCCCUCAGAGGAGACAGACAGCAGUUCUGCCCUGUGUGAAAGAGUGUGAGAAGGAGGAUCCGGGAGAAAAGGAGAGGAGAGGAAAGGAAGGCAGGAGAGGAGAUGAGAGGGUGAAGAAGAGAGGGGGAGAAAGGAGACAAGAAGACAGCAGUCUUACUCCACCCUCUGUAGAAGAAGCUCUGGGAUCACAACCCUUACCCAUCAUGCCUCACUCCUCCCAUAGUGACAGCAUUCCCAGAGAAAGAGUCAGGAGGAGGGAGAAGGGCAACCUGUCGUCUGAGCAGGGUGCACAGACAUCGGACCGAAAACACACGCUGAAGGCUGGACCUCAUUAUCAUACUUCACAAUGGACACAUGAGGAUGUCACAGCCUUUAUGAUGAGCUGUUUUUGUGGUAGUUUGUUUUUGGUCAUUGAUAUUGUUGUUGUUUGUGAGCAGAAAAGAGAGAAUGUCCUAAGGAGAAGUGCCUCAUGUGGACCUCUGAGGGGAGAGAUGGAGGAGACAAAAAAGGAGGAGAGGUGGUGUCUGGCCCCAGACUAUCCUGACUCCUCGUCCACAGUCCAAGCAGCAGGAGGGCUGGAACCCAGGGCAUUAACCACCAGGAAGAAGCACCGCCUGUGUGUGAAUGACCGUGUAGUGCUGGAGGGGAGGAUGAGAGGAGAGGAGAGGAGAAGAGGAGCUGUGAGGUUCAUCGGACCACUGGAAAACACUGAGUCUACAGACAUCUAUAUAGGAGUGGAAUUGGACACAGCCAGUGGAGAAAAUGAAGGCAGUCUCCAUGGUAACAGGUACUUCAGGUGUAAGCCCAACCAUGGAACAUUCACCACCAUCACGGGGAUCAGAAAGCUCUCUCGAUCAUCAAUCUCCAAGUCUAGAAGCUCCAAACCUCCAGAGGAGGGUGACUCUAGUGACUCUGGGGCAGGGAGCUAUGCAGUGGCAAUAGGGAGGAGCAGCCAGAGCGUUGGGAGUAGGAGCAGGAACGGGCUCAGAAGGACCUGGAACCAGAUGGACAUUAGAGCCCAGGUCCAUUCAGAGCCAGGAGGACCCAGAGACAAGACUACUGUGGAGAACCCUGGACUGGACUGACAUUACACCAUCACUUACCCCUGGACUGGCCUGACACUCCUCUCCUAAUCCCUCAAUCCACAGCCUUACAUUUUCCCCUUUCUCUCCUGACGAGUGUUUAUUCACUAGACAACAUGCUGAAGAAGCCUUCUUCAAUCUUCCAGCAUGUAACUAUAGAGAGAGAGGACUUGUUUUAGUAUGGGCAGCACCAUUGAGGACUUCAACUGGGUGGCACCUCCUAUGGGUUAAGGAAGGAUCACAUAAUUCCAUCCAGGUCAUCAGGAGGGAUCAGCCAAUGAAUUAAACUAGUGAGGAAACAUUCCUUAACUACAGGUGGCAGUAAAUCUCCAACCUUGUCUUUUUACCUGUUCAAACAACACACUCUAGGUGGCAGUAUGCACCCUUUUUGCCAUCUCAUAGAUGAAAGUUGACUAGUUCAAAAUGGAGAUGCUCACAGACGCCAUAAUGGAACAAUGCGAAGUUAUCCAAGUCUAUGGUUCUAACUGACCUCCCAGCCUUUUGACAAAUGGCAUCUGUCUGCCAUGCUUUCAUCAGGUGUAACUGACCACUACGGCAUCUGACCGAUCC